GGAACUUACUCAUUAGGUGUAGCACCUUCAUUAAGCUGUUUACGUCCCAUAAAAAUAGCGAGUGAUACAAAAGAGAGAUAUGGAUCUCCUAUGACGUGUCUGACAUCUUGGGAUUGAUGAGGCCGGUUGUUAAGGGAGAUUCUAGCUGUGUCACUCACCAUUCCUGGGGUGCCUCACUUCCCAUAGGAGCGGCCAGAAAAUGGGUAUAAAGAGGAGCUCUGGUCUGCAAGCUCAUCAUUCGAAUCCAUUGCGACGUUUCCUUCAUUCUGCCACAUUUGUCCAACGAGGUCUAACGCACCACACGAAAGCCAAAAGAUGAGCCAGCAAAAACAAAGCGGGGGCAGCUGUUGCUGCUGCGGCGGUUCAGGGGGCGGCUGCUGCUGCUGCUCUGGAGGUGGUGGCGGAGGCUGCGGCAGAGGAGGAUAUGGCGGACAGUCCGGCGGAGUCAUCAUUAUACCAAGCGGAGGUGGAUAUGGAGGCGGCCAGCAAAAGAUCCCAAUGGUUGUUGGCGGAGGAUCUGGAGGUGUUUGCUGCGGAGCCAGUAGCGGCGGCGCAGUGUGCUGUGGAUCAUCUGGCGGCAGUGGCCAGUCUUCUGGGUGUUGCGUUGGAGGUGGAAUGGGUGGUGGAUAUGGAGGUGGAUAUGGAGGUGGCCAGCAAAAGAUCCCCAUCGUUGUUGGUGGAGGAUCUGGAGGGGUUUGCUGUGGAGCUAGCGGCGGCAGUGGUGGUGCAGUAUGUUGCAGCUCGUCCGGCGGCAGUGGCAGCGGUGGCGCCGUUUGUUGUAGCUCAUCUGGUGGUGGAAGCUCAGGUGGGGUUAAGGUGAUUGGAGGAGGAUCCAGUGGAGGAUGUGGCGGCAGUGGGAAAACCAUUGUUGUACCUGGUGGAAGCAGUGGUGGUGGCAGUGGCGGAGCUGUCUGCUGCAGCAGUGGCAGUGGCGGAGCUGUGUGCUGCAGCAGCGGCAGUGGCGGAGCUGUCUGUUGCAGCAGCGGCGGAUCUGGUGGUGGAUCCUCGCAGACCAAGUGCCCCAUUGUCGUCCCACCAUGCAUUGGGCAAACAAAGCAGGUCUGCCCAUUGCCAAGCAUCAAGUAAAAUGCAGCAUUUGCCAAGCAACCCAAGAAAAGCUAAAUUUGCUACCUCGCAUCAGCAUCCUGUCAACAGCAUGUUAAACCCAGGACACUUCUGCAUGUUGCUUUGCACUUUCAUUCUUCAAUAGCAUUUAAUGUUCAAUGUGUGGCUCAUUCUUCAAUGUAAUUUAUGAAUGUGUGUGUGUGUGUUUGUGGUGGAUGGGUGUUUCCUCAUCCACCCACUGCUGCCAAUUUCCUUGUUUCAAUCUCUCUUAAUGCAUGGGAGAGAAUAAAGCUUAUCUCAAAAUCAA